AUGUCAGAGGCAGAAUAUUCUCCGCUGCAUUUGGGAACAGCAGAUGCCAGUGUCAGACCGAUCACAUAGCGCAGGCUGUCUGAGGGAGCUAUAGAUUUACAUGGGGGGGCCGGAUCUGCAGCAUCUGCAACUUCAAUCAGACCUCUAGCCAUACCCGUGCCUUUGCUGCCGUGUCUCCCUCCGUCCUGCCUGACCGCAUCCCCAUCUCUGCCGUCGGAUGUGCAAGCAUGCUCGCAGGCGAACACCUGAACGAGACCAAAAUCGACCUCGGUGAGGAGCAAGGGGAGCCGGAUCAAAGUGUCCCGGCACCUAAGGGACAGCCCUCGUCGGUGGAAGACCGGGACCCCAGAGGCAUCAAUGCCCACUUAAAGGUGAACUUUGAAGAUGUGAUUGCAGAGCCUGAUUCGGUGCAUAGUUUUGACAAAGUCUGGAUUUGGAGUGAUGCAUUGUUUGAAGUAUCUAAGUUAUGGUGCUAUCGAAUCAUCUCACUUAUAUUUGCUGUGCCAGUGUCUUUAAUCUCUGGACUUAUUUUCGCUCUUUUAAGUUGCCUGCAUAUCUGGUGUGUCAUGCCUUGCAUCAAGAACUUCAUGAUGAACAUGCCUUCCAUUCAGACCAUCUGGGGGAGUAUUGUGGACCUGAUCAUUUCCCCUUGCUGUGAGAGUAUGGGGAGAUGUUUCAGUGGCAUCAACCUACACAUAUCCCGCGAUUAAAAUUCCACCUCAUUGCGAGUGGUUGGAUCCAAUUUAUUUGUCAGUCUGGAUUCUACAACAGCAUUCUGACCACAGUGCCAUCUUUGAACGGGAACCUGUACUAAGCCAUAAAUUCGAAGCUCUGGCUUCUUUCGAACAGGUGUACAAUGCAAAUGCUGGGUCAGCUGUUUUAAAGUGCUCGGUUUCCAUGGCAGCUUUGAAAUUCUUUUGUAUUAAAUAACUGCUGCAAACAUGCGAUUGCAGGCAAAGCUGGGGAAAAUAAAAAUCAAGGAAUGCAUCCAGCUAUAUCAUAAGUCAUUGUACGUCCUGAAAUAAACUCAGUGAGCUUGUUAAGUUGUGAUUUUUAUUUUGAGUGGAAAUGCUGCAGCAGCUCUCAACCCAGUUCGGCCAAAAUUCCUUUAGCGCUUGCUGUUGUUUUGGAUUAAGUAACUAUCUAUAACUUUUUAAUGUCCUUAAAGCUUCUCAGGGAGUAACCUCAAAGCCAUUGGCUGCUUUAAAUACUGUAACAGUAUCCCAGCUGCUGGGAGCCUGGCUGUUUAUGGAAGCAUCUAGCAAUAUUUUUAAGUGAUCCCUUUCAACUCUGUACUACGCUGCUGGUAAAGGUGGCCAUUUACAUCCAACUCAGCCAGGAAUAGCUGAAUGGCAUCUUUUGUUUCUAUUACCAAUGGGUUCUUGCUUUUUACCCUGAACCACGUUUUGUUUUCCUUUUGAAGCUUCCAGUUGUUUAUUUCUGAGAUCACCCACAGCCAUACAGUCAUACAGUACAGAAACAAACACUUUGGUCCAACAAGUCCAUGUUCCCAAACUAAACUCAGUCCUGCCUGCCCAUAUCCCUCCAGAUCUUUCCUUUCAUAUACUUAUACAGAUGUCUUUUAAACGUUGAAAUUAUAUCUGCAUCCACCAUUUCCUCUGGAAGUUUAUUACACACACAAAUCACACUCUUCCCCACAUCUUUAAAAAAAAGCCCACUAGUCUCGAAACCCCCCAUCCUACCAAAAAGACACCUGCCAUUCAUCUCCCCUGAGCCCCUCAUGAUUUUAAAAACAUCAGUAAGGUCACCUCUCAACCUCCAUCGCUCCAGUGAAAAACCACCCUAUUUAGCUUCUCCCGGUAACUCAAACCCUCAAUGUCCGGAAAAAUCCUGGUAAAUCUCUUCCGGAUCCUCUCCAGCUUAAUAAUAUCCUUGCUAUAACAGGGUGACCAGAACUGGACACGGUACUGCAGAAGAGGCCACACCAACAUCUUGUGCAGCCUCGACAUGAGCUUCCUAACUCCUAUACUCAAAGUUCUUGAGUGAUGAAGACUUUUUUUGUUUUUCUUACCUUACUUCUGAUUUAAAGGAUAAAUAUAUUUUGUUUGAUUCACAUGCGUAUGUACCUAUCGUGUGCAUAUAUAUAAAUAUACUAUAUAAAGCUA